GUGUGUGUAUUUCCUCCUGUUCUUUAUCAGAGCCCCCAAAAUAAGUAGGAAUGGGCAGUGGCAGUUUACACUCGACAUACCUUUCCCUUGGCUAGUAAGACCCUACCAGGCUGGGAGGAAGGUUUCCCAGCCUUAUUCUGGAGAAAGAAGCCACUGAGACAAUCCAUAGGCACCAUGAGAUUUCUUCAGGUGACUACCACUUUUCUUCUGCUGUCCAGUCUUUGCAGCAGCCAAGUCAGUGCAGAUGUUGACAACGUAUCUCCGACCUCAUCCUCACCAACAAAUUCUGCAACGAAAGAAUCUUCGCUAACACCAGACACAAAGCCAACAUCAGAGUCUAUCCAUCCAACACCUGAAAUAUCUAUAGGAACAACCAGCAAAGACUCAUCGAAAAUAUCACUUACGCCAGAAAUUACUUCACUAACAACUGCUAAAACUACAGACAGCACAACUCUUGGUGUCACCACAAAAGAGCUCAUCACUACAAACAAAACAGGAACAACUCUCCCACUCUCAGAUGCUGCUUCAACAUCCCAAAGUUUCCAGCACACAUCUGAGAAUCAGAGUUCAAUCAAAAUGACCACAGUGACAGCUAGUACUCACCAAUCAGGUGCAUCACCUUCUAAACCCACUGUGCUCCCCUUCCUGCCCUCGACAUCAGUGACGCCUCCAAGAAAUAUCUCACAGUUCCAAGGUACUGAAGAUGUAGAAAAUGCAACCUCUCCACCAACCAUCCCAUCUUAUUCCAGUAUCAUUUUGCCAGUGGUUAUUACUUUGAUUGUCAUAACACUCUCAGUAUUUGUUCUGGUGGGUUUGUAUCGGAUGUGCUGGAAGAAAGAUCCGGGUACACCAGAAAAUGGAAAUGAUCAACCUCAGUCUGAUAAAGAAAGUGUGAAGCUGCUCACGGUUAAGACAAUUUCUCACGAGUCUGGUGAGCACUCUGCACAAGGUAAAACCAAGAACUGACAGCUUGAUGAAUUCUUCCCACACCUGGGCAAUGACUGUGUUUAAACUUCAGCAACUGCAUUCCAGGAAUGGAAAUGGAGGAAGUAUGGCCGAACCAGUCCUGAAUCUCAACCUUGAGCACCAGUCUGCAUGAAUUACCUUUCUGACUCAAGUGGCAAUCUCCACACCACAAGGCAUAUAAUUUGAAGCCCCAAAAAGAAUUCUUGGCUUCCCCUUGUCCUUUGAGAUACAGAAAGAAAAGCAUAUUACCACAGUUUGUAGAGACGUUCCUAAGACAGCACAAUUUAGGAAGGGAUGUUUUGAGCAAUGAACCUGAUAACCCAAGCAGGUGGGCUGAGGAUAGAAUCGAUCCAUAGAUUUACAGUUAACGUGGCUGACAGUAUUGAUCCAUGGAAACUUUCCUACUUUCUUGUUGUUAGUACUAGGGUUGUAUUUAUUGUUUUCCACUAUGUUAAUGUAGAGAAAGUUUGCAAGUACGUUUUUAAAUAUUAAGUACAAAUCAUACCGUGCUACUUUGUACAUAGAUGUAUUUUGUUCAUGUUUGCAUAUGUUUAGUUUUAAUAAAUAAUUGUGUUCCAUGCCCUAAAUCUU